CAAUGUCUGUUUGUUUAUUUGUACAGAGAUUUGGACCAGGCCAGCAUGGAGGCAGUGGCCGCUCUACUAGCCGGUCUGCCAUUACAGCCAGAAGAGAGUGACCGUGGUGAUCUCAUGGAGGCUAAAUCUCAACUCUUUCUCAAGUAUUUGACAUUAUUUAUGAACCUGUUAAAUGACUGUUCAGAGGAAGAACAAGACAAGGCCAUGGACCCCAAUCGUAAGAGAAGCACGUCAAAUCUGAGUGCUUUAAGAAAUUGUACAGUACAGGCUAUGUCUAAUCUACUCAAUGCAAACAUAGAUAGUGGACUGAUGCACUCUAUUGCAUUGGGCUACCACAAAGACCCUCAGACUCGAGCUGCCUUCAUGGAGGUGUUGACCAAAAUUUUACAACAAGGUACAGAGUUUGAGACCCUGGCAGAGACAGCACUGGCUGAUAGGUUCGAGAGAUUGGUGGAACUGGUGACUAUGAUCGGAGAUAAAGGAGAACUGCCUAUAGCCAUGGCGUUAGCUACUGUAGUACCUACCUCACAAAUGGACGAGUUGGCUCGAGUGUUCGUGAAUCUAUUUGAUGCGAAACAUUUGCUGUAUCAACUGCUGUGGAACAUGUUCUCUAAAGAAGUGGAGAUAGCAGAUUGUAUGCAGACAUUGUUUAGAGGGAAUAGUUUAGCCAGUAAGAUCAUGGCAUACUGUUUCCGAUUUUAUGGACUCGGAUAUCUACGGGAACUUUUAAACCCCCUCAUCAUGGAGAUGUUUCAAAAAGAACACAGUUGUCAACAGAUUUCAUUUGAGGUGGAUCCUGCCAGGUUAGAGGCAGGUGAAAAUAUAGAAGAAAAUAAAAAGAAUUUGACUAUCAUCACCCAGAAAGUGUUCAAUGCCAUAGUUGGGUCUGCUCAUAAGUUCCCAUCGAAACUGCGAAGUAUGUGUCACUGUUUGUUUCACGUAGUCAAUCAGCGUUUUCAACAAAGUACCGGAGAGGCCGUGUGGACUGUGAUAGGAACAGUGAUAUUUUUACGCUUCAUAAAUCCAGCUAUAGUUUCACCAUAUGAAUCGGGCAUAAUAGAUGUGGAGGCUACACCAAAGAUAAAACGAGGUCUCACAUUGAUGUGUAAAAUCAUGCAGAAUAUUGCCAAUCACUUGCUAUUUACCAAAGAAAACCACAUGAGAGGCUUUAAUGAUAUUCUCAAAGCCAACUUUGAGGCUGGUAGAAGGUUUUUCACAGAGAUAGCAUCAGAUGUUGAUAUACCGGACACUGGCAACCAUAGCUUGUCUUUCAUUAAUGAUGCCAAUGUUUUAGCUCUGCACAGACUCCUGUGGAAUAACCAGGAGAAGAUUGGAGACUAUCUCUCCAGUAGUAGAGAUCACAAGGCUGUUGGACGUCGACCAUUUGACAAGAUGGCAACAUUACUGGCGUAUCUUGGACCACCAGAACACAGACCUUUAGACUCACAAUUGUCCAUGACCAAGAUUCAUCUGUUAGCAGACUCGAGGUGGAGUUCAAUGGACAUGACCAGCACCAAGUUUGAAGAGAUUAUGUCAAAGCACAACAUGCAUGAGAAAGAUGAGUUCAAGUCCCUGAAAAACCUACAUAUAUUUUACCAGGCCGGCACCAGUCGAGCCGGAAACCCAGUGUUCUACUACAUUGCCAGAAGAUAUAAAGUUGGUGAGAUUAAUGGUGAUUUGUUGAUUUACCAUGUGUUGUUGACGUUGAAGCCCUAUUACAACAAACCAUUUGAACUGGCUAUAGACUUUACACAUACAUGUGCUGAAAACAGAUUUAGGACUGAUUUCUUGUCUAAGUGGUUUGUAGUGAUGCCAGAAGUGGUAUAUCAGAAUAUUGUCGCUACCUAUAUAUAUAACUGUAACUCCUGGGUCAGAGAAUAUACAAAGUUUCAUGAUAGAAUACUCACUCCAUUAAAGGGUAACAGAAAGCUUGUGUUCAUAGAUCAUCCAGCGAGGUUAAAUGAGUAUAUAGAUGUAGAUCAUCAGAAAUUACCUGGAUCUACUGUAGCCCUCGAGGAAGAUCUCAAAAUAUCAAAUAAUGCUCUAAAACUUUCUCAUAAAGAUACCAAAGUCACUAUAAAGGUUGGACCAAAUGCUAUACAGAUAACAUCAGCAGAGAAGAGUAAGGUGCUGGGACACCAAGUAUUACUUAAUGAUGUCUACUAUGCCUCAGAAAUAGAGGAGGUAUGUCUGGUAGAUGAUAACCAGUUUACAUUAACCAUUUCCAAUGAGACUGGUCCCCUGUCUUUCAUCCACAAUGACUGUGACAAUAUUGUACAUGAUAUUAUCCACAUACGUACACGCUGGGAACUGUCCCAACCGGACACGGUCACCGUUCAUACGAAGAUCAGACCUAAAGAUGUGCCUGGCACCUUGCUCAAUGUAGCACUUCUCAACCUUGGUAGCUCAGAUCCCAGUCUUAGAUCUGCUGCCUACAACCUGUUGUGCGCUCUCACUCAAACCUUUGACCUGAAGAUAGAAGGCCAAUUGUUGGAAACUACAGGUUUAUGUAUACCUGCAAACAACACUAUAUUUAUCAAGUCCAUAAGUGAGACACUUGCGGCCAAUGAGCCUCAUCUGACCCUAGAGUUCCUUGAGGAAUGUAUACAGGGGUUUGGCAACUCUAACAUAGAGCUCAAACAUUUGUGUCUAGAGUAUAUCACACCAUGGUUACCUAAUCUUACCAGGUUUUGUAGACACACAGAUGAGAAUAAAAGACAAAAAGUGGCCCUGAUACUAGACAAACUUAUUACCAUGACUAUAGAAGAAGUUGAGAUGUACCCCUCAAUACAAGCUAAGAUCUGGGGCAACAUUGGUCAAGUGGCAGACCUGUUAGACAUGGUACUAGAUAGUUUCAUCAAGCGCAGUGUGACAGGAGGGCUGGGUUCGAUACAGGCAGAGAUCAUGGCUGACACAGCAGUGGCGCUCACGUCAGCCAAUGUACAACUUGUCUCACGGAAAGUUAUUGGACGGUUAUGUCGGUUAAUAGACAAGACAUGUACAUCACCUACCCCGACGUUGGAGCAACAUUUGAUGUGGGAUGAUAUAGCUAUAUUGGCCAGAUAUCUUCUUAUGUUAUCUUUCAACAACUCACUAGAUGUUGCGAGUCAUUUGCCAUUCCUGUUUCACAUAGUAACGUUACUGGUUUGCACGGGGCCACUGUCGUUACGUGCAUCAACACAUGGCCUAGUCAUCAAUAUCAUCCAUUCCUUGUGCACGUGUUCACAACUACAGUUCUCAGAAAAUACUCUGAAAGUGUUGAAGAUGAGCCUGGCUGAGUUUUCACUGCCCAAAUUUUACCAGCUGUUUGGUAUCAGCAAGGUAAAAUCAGCAGCUGUGAGUGCGUUCAGGACAAGUUUCCGGCCUGGAGACAGAUCAUUCACAAUGUCGCCACCAGAACAUGAAAAAAUGCCCCUGUGUUCAUUAGAAACCAUUGUUGAUGCUUUACUAGAGAUUAUGGAGUGUCAAUUUCAGGCGUGUAAUAAGGAUAUACGUAAUUGUGAUUGGCUACAACAGUGGACAGAUUUAUCAAAGAGAUUUGCAUUCCAGUAUAACCCAGCUCUACAGCCACGGGCUAUCAUAGUGUUUGGAUGUAUAAGUAAAUCAGUCACAGAUUCUGAGAUUAAACAAAUGUUGAAAAUACUCAUGAAGGCUUUAGAGUCAUUCCAGGAUUUGGUUCUUAUAGAAUCUAUAGUGAUGUGUUUGACCAGGCUUCAACCCAUGCUAAGAGCUGACUCCCCGAUUCACAAGUUUUUGUUCUGGGUAGCUAUAUCAGUGCUACAGUUAGAUGAGGUGUCCCUGUACGCAGCUGGACUGUCUCUGUUAGAGCAGAAUUUACACACCCUCGAUAAUAUUGGUAUCCUAGAAAAUGAUUCAUUAGAACGUAUCAUGAUGGAGACAAGGGAUCCACUACAAUGGCAUUUUAAACAACUUGACCAUGCCAUGGGGCUCAGUUUUAAGGCCAACUUUAACUUUGCUCUUGUUGGACAUCUGUUAAAAGGAUUCCGACAUCCUAUCCAGACAACUGUAUCUCGUACCAUACGUGUUCUACAUCAUUUAUUGGCCAUCACUAGUAAACCAUUAGGAAGGGAUAAGUUUGAAGUAAAUCCACAGACGGUGCCAUACCUAGCGGCUUUAGUGUCGGUAUCUGAGGAGGUGAGGAGUCGAUGUCACUUAAAACACAGAACUAGUCAGUAUAUGAUGACAGACUCGCCCUCCAGUGACAGUCUUAGUGCUGAGAUGUCCCAGACUGUGUCAAACACUGCUAACCAGGGUAUGACUGGAGCCCCAUCAAAUGUAUCUGUAUCAACAACCAGUAACGGAACCAUGUCAUCUGCUACAAGUAUAUCCCAGGCACAUAGUUCAAGUUCCGUGUCUACAGCCGCUUCAGCCUCCUCUGGCUCCAGUACCAGUGUUGCAGCCACACCACCGCCAACUCCGGCAUCCCCAGCUGCCCCACAAACGCCGGUACCCACAACCCCUACACCUACAACCCCAGCAUCAACAGCUGGUAGUCAGUCCCAGUCACCACCAUCUAGUGGAGGUCCUAUCAGACAGAAAUCAUGGGAACUCUUGGACCAACAGGCAAUGACAGCGGCCAAAAAAGCAACAUCUGUUCCUCACCAAAUACAAAAUGCAGCUGCAAAUGUUGCACAAAGUAACAGUGCUAAGGUAUGGCGAAGUUUGGACAACGAGACCAAUGCUGCAGCUGGCACGGGUGCUGGUGCUGUUUUACCAAGUAGACCACCUCUGUUCAAGACACGGAGCAGCUCCAUGCCUGUUCCAGGUACAAAGAAAAUGGACAGUGGGAAAUCUCAGAGUCGUCCUGUACGUGGAUCUGUCUCUAAUGAGAACAAUAUAUUACUGGAUCCGGAGGUGCUUACAGAUUAUCCUACACAAGUGCUUGUAUUGACUGUACUGGCAACUCUUGUAAGAAACACAACAGACGAGAAUGAGGCACGGAUAUUGUACGAGUACUUGGCUGAGGCCUCCGUUGUCUUCCCUAAAGUGUUCCCUGUCAUUCAUAGUUUAAUGGAUGCGAAGAUCAACAAUGUGUUGAACCUAUGUCAUGAUCAGGCUAUCCUGAAUGCAGUACAAUGUAUUAUACAGAAUAUGAUCGCAUGUGAGGAUGCCUCACAACAACAACUCUCUUAUCUCAUGAGUAUAGGAUUUGGUGGACUGUGGAGAUUUGCUGGAACAUUUACAAAGUCACCACAGAGCAGUGACACAGCAGAAUUGUUUGUGAACUGUUUAGAGGCCAUGAUGGUAGAGACUUGUCUCCCUGGUGACGACCUUGACAUUCUUAACCCGUACCCAAGUUCACUGGGAAUUUCUUCAAAUCUCAACCUUUCAAGCUCCAUGUCUAGCCUCAGUGUGGGCAGCAUGCACUCCCCUACAGACAAAGAUAAUGACAAGAACGGGUCCGGAGCUAAUGGUGCUCGGAUCAGACAUGGAUCUGCUAAUAAUGUUUCUAGUAAAAACAGGGCUGGUAGUUUCAAGCGGAAGGACAGUAAGAAAAAGAUUGACAGCCUAGAUUAGUUGAAUCUUGGUUCAAAGAACAGUCUAAACUGACUUGAAUCUUGGUUCAAGAUAACAAAAUUCUUCAUACACUGGAUUUAACAACAACAAAAAACCGUUACGUUAAAAAAAGUUUUACUGGAACAUAAGUUGUGAUAAUGUUAGAUAUUAUUGAUGUGUUUGAUUUAUGAAUUAUAUGUUGUUACACAGAACACAUCAUCUUAUUAGUUAUAAAAAAGACUUUAGCUUUAUAUUCAUAUAGGUAAACUUCAGUAUUUUUGAAGUUAUCUUUAAAACUUACAUAAUUUAGAGAUCUGCUUUUAAUACAUCUUCAUUGUAUCUGUAAUGAAAUAACUUCAUUUAGUUUUACUCCUUGAUUUUUUACAGAGAUAAUUAUUUGUCUGUGCCACUGUGCCAUCUUGAAUACUAGUAUUUUAGAUGGAAUUCCCUUUAUUCAAGAGUGGACAUUCCAAAAUGAAAGCAAUGCAAGUCCAUUGAACACAUAAAAUUGAAGCAACGUUAAUUAAGAUAUGUUAAUUAUUCUGUAUUUUACCUGAAUAAAAUUUGUUUUACAUUUAUAUUACAAUUGGGAGAUGAUAUGCUCCUCGACAGCUGGAUGCCCUGAUUAUUUUAAACUGUGUACUCUUACAGUUUUCUUUGACUGCUAAAAUUGGUUAUUUAUUACUGACAAUUACUGUGUAACAUGAUUUUGAAACAAGGUUAUAAGCUUAAAUAAUGUUGAUCUUACUUGUAGUAAAAAAACAAGUCAUUGCCAAUCUGUAGUGAAGUUUGCCUACUGAUUUUUUCCCCUAUUGUUUUGUUUAAGAACAUUUGAAUAUUUUAUUAAAUAUUGGACUUUGUGUUUAUAUAUAAAUAUUGUGUCUCUGAUGAGAUAUGAAUAUUGUUGUUAAGAUGUGAGACAUAUUUUGUUAAUGUGUAUAUAAGAAAAGGAACAGUUUCUAGUCCCGUAUUAUUAUAAUUUUGUGUAUUAUAUAUUGUUACAUUAUUUAUUGCUUGCAUAAUUCUCAUCCCCCAGCUUCAUUAUUUCAGCAUAUAAUGUAUAGUACUUUCCCAAAAAAAUGUCUUUAUGACAUAUAUGUUAUCAGCUAAAUUAUCAUUUCUCUGUAUAUCAAGUGUUUAAUUUUUUCUCGCUAGUUUUUGUUGUGAUCAUGAGUACCUGCCCAUAAUGUUUUCAACGUUUUAUUAUGGAGCCCCCUCCCCAUGUGUCUGGAUUGUGACAUUGUAACUAUAGCGAUGUUAUGAAUCAGUGAGUCGAGUAUCCAGUGGUUGUAAUUAUCUUUUUAUCACUGUGUUAAUAUAAGGACAUGUGUUAAUAUUAGGACAUUUGUGUUUAAAUUGGGAUAUGUGUUUUAAUAUUAAGACAUAUGUGUGUUAAAAUUGGGAUAUGUGUUUUAAUACUAAGACAUGUGUGUUAAAAUUGGGAUAUGUGUGUUAAAAUUGGGACAUAUGUGUUAAAAUUGGGACAUGUGUUUAUAUAUGGACAUAUGUUAUUAUCAAAACAUUUGUGUUGAAAUAAGGACAUAUGUGUUAAUAUUAGGGCAUAUGUUACUAAUAUUAGGAUGUGUGUUAAAAUUAGUACACACAUGUAUGUGUUAAUAUUAGAACAUUUGAUGUCAGCUUUGAUGAAAUAGAGAUAAUGUUAUUGCCAAAGUUGUUUAUUGAGCCAUUGUUAUUUAUUUCAUGAAAGGAUUUAGUUGUGAAAGUCUUUGUAUUUAUUUCAUUUUUCAAGAGUACAGAUUGUUAAAUUAUUUACACAACACUGUUUGCUACCAUUUAAAUACUAGAAUAAUUGAAUAUGUUGGCAUCAUAUUUAUGAAAUUUUUUAUCAGAUUUGUGUCCAAUUAAAAUGAAAACCAUUUAGUUAUUUAUCAAAUGAAGAACUUUCCAGUUAUGUAACUGGCUGUAACAAAUCAAGUAGUGUUGCUGGUUUGUAGAUGAUAAAGAUGAUAGUCAUCCAAUAAUAAGUUGGACUGGUUAAAAUUCUCUGGAAAACUUGAUACUAAAUGUCUUCAUCAUUCUAUAUAUCUUCAGUACCUUUAUAUCUUCCUAUUUCUUAAUUACUGACAUUCAUCUGCAAGCUUGGUCCUCAAAAGGAAUUCAUAUAACUGGCUUUUAUUUCCAAGAACAGGUCAAAAUCAAAUGGUUCAAAUUAUAUGAUGUCAUUGAUGACAUCACUUGUUGUAUGACUUGUCAUAAGAAAUUCAUUUUGUGUAAAAGUUCGGGGUGUUUCUUACCAGUAACUGGAAUAAAGGAUGUCCGUAAAAAACAUUGUUUACUAUUCUUCAUUGGUCAAGUUAAAGGACUCCCCUAA